AUGUCACAAGACCAUCUUUCUGACCGCGCAAGCAGUUUCAAUCAUAUGGGUCUGCCUGACAACCAACAGGAUUUUCAGAAUGUUUGUGUAUUGUAAUUCUCUAUUUCCAUACAGCUGACAGAUUUAGAAUUUUGAUUCACCAAAUCAAUUCCCACGAAAAGGCGAUAUUUUGUCCUCUUCAAACGACGAUAAUAAAUUGAAUGCUUUAGAGAUCCCCCCCAGUCCUUCAAGGUCCCAGGCGACAUCUAGCAGUGUUGUUGCUGACCUUGGAAAUUCCUACUCUUUUGCAGACAAUCGGGCAUCAAGCCAAGUAAACUUCAAUAGUCUCUAUCAGGCAUCAUUAGUAUCUCACGCAGCUGGAGGUGCUCCCUUCUCAGAUCCAACAAGCUAUAGCCAGGAGAAAAGGAAUAGCUGCUCCCUCAAAACGAAGCAAAAAUGACUCAACAUCACACCACAACCUAGGAACGUCCAUACGUGCCGCUCUUGAAAAAUCACAAGCAGGAAAGGAAAACGAGUUUCUGCCAAAUGAUAAGCUGAACGAAAUUGUGGCUAGAGAUUGCGUUCAUUAUCAGCUCAGCCACCACAACGUACGUCCACUUAAUCAGUUAGACGAAUUAACCAGCAAGAUCUGGAAUGUCACCUCCUUCGCCCUCCCAAACAAAACAUGAGAAGUUGGAACUGAAUUCUAAGGAAACCACAAGAAAGAAGAUCUUUGCUAUAUUGGGUUUAAUGGACAAAUUUGAGGCGAUUUUAGACUUCAUCAACGAAGAACUUUUCGACACUGACCUGCCUUUCACACUGACUGUUGGGGCACUCCCUGGUACCAGGAGACUGACUCGUAAGCAACAUAACCAAAAGCAAAGCUCUGGAGAGGUGAAACUGAUUCCUAUUCCAUUUUUCGAGAAUUGGAAAACCCACGAACUCGAGUCUUUUGAUAGAUACCAGUGGUGUCUCACGGCUCCUUAUUUUCACACUGCGCAGAAUCCCACGAAGAUCCACUGCAUUACAGUUUGGAAUAUGGUAUCAUUCUUCCAUUCGUCGAGGACGAGGAGGUUUCCGGGAGGCCAGAACGUAACCAGGGGGGGUUCAGUGACGUAUGGAGAGUAAAGAUACAUCCAGCUCAUCAUAACCUUUGUCACGAUGCGGUGGGUCACUAUCUCCUUUUCAUGUUUUCCUCAAAUGACCAAAGUUCUAACCUCUCACCUAAUUACCAGAACCCUUCGUAUGCGCUCGAGAGAUUGCGCUCCAACAUACGUGAGCCAUUCGACCUAGAGGUUGACAAUCUGAAGCGUUUCAGCAGCAAGGACAAUGUACACCUUACUAAACUCCUGGUGACAUUCUCUUGGCGGGAUCAAUACUAUCUUGUCUUCCCCUGGGCUGACAGCAAUCUGUUAAACUAUUGGAAACAGAACCCGGUACCGUCCAUUCCCAUUCAAGACAAAGACCUGGCUGUUUGGCUAUCUGAGCAGUGUCUGGGGGUUGCUAAAGGUUUAAAAAUGAUUCACAACUUAAAUGUACUUAACGGAUCAGCCCGCGAGGUUGGGUAUCAAAAAUAUGGGAGACACGGUGAUCUUAAACCCGAAAAUAUUCUCUGGUUCAAAGAUUACCAACAACCGGGAGGGCUUGGAACUCUCAAGAUUUCGGACUUCGGACUAACUCGAUUCCAUGGCGAGGGAUCUAAAUCGCACGCUGAAAAUGUCUCGUUAACAGGAACGUAUCGUCCUCCAGAAUACGAGAUUGCUCAGCUGGUUUCCCAGAGCUAUGACAUAUGGAGUUUUGGCUGUCUUUUACUCGAGUUUGUUACGUGGUAUCUACUUGGCUGGGAGGGAUUUGACGAUUUUUCGAAAGCGAGAAUGAACGAGGACACGGAAAGUAUUGUUCCGGAGGAUGUUUUCUUCUGCUUCGUCAGAAUGGGCGGCGAAAACGGGGAGCAGUUGGCGAGAGCCAAACCAUCGGUCGCUAAUGUAAGGGGCUCCGAUACUCUUACAAAUCAUGUCAGGUACUAACAGAUAACUUAUAGCAAAUCAACCAACUAUAUCGCCAAUCUCACGGCUCAGACUAUAUAUUAGAAUUUCUCAAAUUCAUCGAAGAAAGGCUAAUUCGCAUAGACCCCACGAAAAGAGCGACUUGUUGGGAUAUCGUAAAUAAACUCUCUGAACUCCACGAUAAGUGUAGAGGUGAUGCAAAUUAUUGUACGCGCCGCUCAGACACAUCAUUAUCGGAACUAUCAGCAUCCGCUUUUAAACUUUCGAGGGAAAAACGUGACAGGAAUCACAAGAGCUUUGCACACGAACAAGGACAGAAGAGUCCCCUGCCCAGUCCGACUGAAGCUCCAGCAAGCCCAGGAUACCCGUUUCUUUCCGACUCCCGUGGAAGAACACGAGAUAGAAAGGAUCAUGUUUGUCGAGCAGCGUCACCAAGUCCCAACCCGUCUUUAUACAGAACGUCAACUGUGAAAUCCGGUAGUAGCAGUAUCGGGACACAAUGUUCUGGGCCUCCACCACCAAGCAAGAAAGUCGUUCAUUUCGAAAACUCUCGACCACAUUCUCGCGACUGUAGAAGGUUAACACACGAGAGCGGUAGAGCGGUCAACAAAAGAAAAACGACUAUCCAUCACGAGGGAGAAGAGCGGAGAGACGCAAACACCGAUGACAACUCAACCCUCAGCUCGCCAUUGGAAAUCACAGACAGCCCAAUAUGCACAUUGCCACCGACUGCUCUUAGGCCAUCGAUAUAA